CUCGUUGCGAAUCCGAAAGCUUGCCGCACUUUGAGAGAAGCAGCCCGAACCGAUCUCCACAUUCCGAGCCUCCCUUUCUUUUGCUCGUGCGGGCGUGUUGAAGCCCCGAUCGGUUCACUCCCCGCUUCCUCCUCGCCAUCCCUCCCUUUCACACGUUGCUUCGGCCCCGCAGACCCCUCCCUGGCCAUCUUCUCCUAAACUCCCACAAUCCUUUCUCCGAAAGCCAAUCGCACGGUGGUUGCUUGCGUACAUUCUGCCACAAACUCCGCCCUCUUCCCUCUUCACGCGACCAGCCUUUUUCGCGGAGGAUGCGGUGGCGCCGAGGCGAUCGUGCCCCACGGACGCGUUCCGAAGCCGCUGGAGGGCGAAGGUGGGAACACGUGUUGGUCUGCCAUUGUGCUGCAUGAGGUUGCCAGUGCGGACUCCUUGCUUCACUUAAGUUCUCAACGUCAAGAUUUCCAGGUCGUUAUAAGGUGCAGCAAAAGUAAAUAGGGCAGAGCCUGUGACAGGAUUGAGACUGGCUGGCACUGAGCGGCUGUCAUGAUCUCUGCAGCGCCUCUCUACAGCGGGGUACACAACUGGACUGGCGCUGAGCGGAUUCGCAUGUGUGGCCUCAGCGAAGAGAGGAGAGCCCCACUUUCUGAUGAAGAAUCCAACACCAGCAACUCCCAGCAUCUGGGCUCCCCUGACUUCUGCACUGGCAGCAGCUUUUCCAAGGUGGAGCUCACAGCAGUUUCGAGUAGCGGCGGCAGUGCCCAAGGAUUUGAGGCAGAGGGCAUCGUGGAGGAGGAACUCGGACCUACACUUAAGGAGCAGCCCUGCGAGCCAGACUGUGCUGAGAAGGCCUUGACGGGCAGCGAUGCCAACCCAGGCAAAGUUAGGGAGGGCGGACUCACAAGGCCAGAGAGCAGCAGCAGCCCGGACUGUGCACAGCCGUCUGCUAAAGAGGCGGCAGAGGUCUCCCCUGCUUGCCCAAAGGCUCUGGAGAGUGAGCAUCCAGCAAAGGAGAAGAGCACCCCAACUGCUGGCACAACCCUGACAGCUGCCGCCACGGCUGCCGCCGCCACGGCCACCAACAGCUGCAGCACUUUGACCUCUCCCCCAGCCACCUUCACCUUGAAAAGCGUCUGUUUCUCCACUUCUCAGGCCCCUGCUAUGCAAAAAAUGGCCCUCUCCUUCCCACCCGGAGCAGUCCUCACCCCCAGCCAGCCCCUGGUUUACCUCCCACCUCUUCCGAGCCCACUCGGGGUCCCGUCUGCCCUUGCCCUGCCUGUCAUACCCUCCUUCCCACAAGACCCCUGCCUUCCUAGCCUUCUCGCCCCCUCUGAGCUGCGCUCUUACCCAUAUGCCUUCUCCGUGGCCAGGCCUUUGGCCGCAGAUCCCAAAGUGGCGCCUGUGGAGACAAGCCAGCUGAACUGCCCUGCCCCGUCAGGGGAGAGCAGCGCCCUUGCAGUCACUGGGCCCUCCUCUGCUGUCGAAGGCUCGGACCUCUCGCCUAGCACGCCUGCCUCGGCAGCAGCAGGUGCCAGCACUGUCCCGCUGUCAGUCGCCGCCAGCGUGCUCACCAGGGCCCCGGCAGUCCCGGAACAGCUUCCCUCAGGCGUCCUGGCCUCCAUCUCCCCGCUGAAAUCCCCCCCACAGCUGGAGCGUGAGAUGGUCUCCCCGGAAUGCAGCGAGAUGCCCCUUGACCUUUCCGCCAAGUCAAACCGCCAGAAGCUGCCUCCUCCGAGCCAGCGCAAGACGCCCCCGAUGCCUGUGUUGACCCCGGUGCACACCAGCGGCAAAGCACUGCUCACCACGGUCUUCUCCAAGCCUCAGCGGGUGGCUCAGGCCAUUGGCGGCCCGGGCACCGCUUCACCCUUCGUCAUCUUCCCGGAGUUCCUCCGCAAUGGGGAGCAGGGCUCCUGGGUGAAGAACUCAACUGCCCUCAUCAGCACCAUCCCAGGCACCUACGUUGGGGUGGCCAACCCAGUCCCAGCUUCCGUGCUGCUGGGCAAGGAUUCCGGCCCCGGCCUUGGCAGGGACUCCCGCCAUCUCGCCAAGCAAGAGCUCAUUUCCAUUGUUGACCAGGGAGAGCCUCGCAGUGGUGGGCUGCCUCCCGGGAAGAAGAGUGGUGGAGAGGGGCCUCUUGACCCCGCACGGCAGCUCCUUCGUGGCCGGGGUGUCCCAGGGGCCCAGUUGCACCCUUCAAAGGAGCUGGCCAUUUGGAGCCCCAGCCAGGGAAGUGUUUACCCUCGGUGCUCAGUCAACGGGAAGCCUGCCAGCCCCCAGCUGCUGCCCGUGGGGUGGUCGCCUUAUCAUCAGGGCCCUCUGCUUUCCAUCGGCAUCUCGGCAGCCGGGCAGCUGUGCCCGAGUCAAGUUGCCCCUUGCAAACCAGCUGGCGCAGGCGAGCUGGCCACGUUCCCUGGUGUGCAGCCGAUAGAGUCCUCUGCUGUGGUCCAGAAGCCCCCGGAAGCUCCCUCUCAGGGCAAGGGUUGUAAGGCAGCCUUGCCGAACACAGCCAGCCCUUUGUGCAUCUCACCAGCUCUUCAGACCAGCCUCCCAGACGCAAGGGGCUCCGAGGGGCUCAUCCCAAAAUACGACUCCGACAGACUCGAGGCUGACUUGGCAGCAGAGGCCACCCCGCAGCCCAAAGCUCCCCCAGAGGGCUGCAGCCGCAAGCGCCCCGGGGACGCCAAGCCUAAAAACCAGGUCUUGACCGCCUACCUAUCUCACGGCCUUUCCUUAGCCAGCCAGCCAAGCGUGCGGACGACCUCUGAGACGCCUCUCCCAGGGAGCAAGCGCAAGGACCGGAAGUGCAGCAACGCAUCUCGGGAUCAGCCGGCGGCAGAAGUCACUCUCCGCAGUGUGCACCAGGUUGACCUCAGCCGCGUGAAGAAGGAACGGGUGGAGCCAGAGGUGCUGAUCACCUCCACCACUUGCCUGCACGCUGGGGCUGCCUCGAGAAGCCCUCCGAAAGCCAAGCUCAAGGGGGUGGCCCACAUCAAAGUGGAGGAGGGCUUCCCCUGCAAGUCCAAGCGGCAGCAUGACGGGCCAGACCGCCUGACCCACAAGAAGCAGAAGUGCAGGGGCAGUGAGGAAUCUCAGGCUCCCUGCAAAUCGGACAGCCAGAACCUGCACACCCGCAAGUGGCGGAAGUACCACAGCUCCCAUGAGGUCAGCAAGCAGGAGAGCCAGUCGGGCUCCACGAAGGAGCAUGGCAGCCCCCGUGCCAAGCGCAAGCGCCGGAAGGCGUCUCCAGGGCAUCAUGGGCACAGCUGCGAAGAAGCUUUUGUUGAGAAGAAAUCAAAGAACAGUUUCCGGGACUUCAUUCCUGUGGUGCUGAGCAGCCGGACACGCAGCCAGACAGGAAGCAUGGGAGGCUCUUCUGUUAACAUGUUGGAGGAGUGUGGCCAGGAGAUUCUACCGCCGGUGGAAGAGGAAGAAGAGAAUGUUGAGGGAGAGGAUGAGCUCACCCUGAGGCAUCGCAGGCUGAGAAAAUCCCACCGCCUCUCCCCGCACUCCAGCUGCAAAGACGGAGAGCGGUCGCGGUCAGAGAAGAGCAGUUUCCACUCGCGCAAGAGUCAGGGGAUGCAGUGGCAAGUGGACGCCACUCGGCAGCUGUGGAGCCGCAAGGAGGUGGAGGAGGAGAGCGGCCACAUCAAGAGGAAGAAAAGGAGGAGGCAGAAAAGCUGGAAGUACCAGACUGGAGAGUACUUGAUAGAGCGGGAGAAAGAGGAGCACACGAGCUGUUGCCAUAAGCGGCGGAAAAUGAAAGCAGACUUCAGGUACCGAAAGCACAAGGAUGCUGUGCCGAGCAAAGGCUCAGACCUGUGUUUGAGGAGCAGGCUUUCUCCAACCCUCCAAGGACGCCUGGACUUUCACAACGGAUUCCUCUUGGAUCACCCCGACUCGGCUCCCAUCCAGGAUGUGCUAGAGAAACCUUCUGGGAAACGCAAAUGCAAAACCAAACACCUCUCAGGCGUCUGUGAAGAGGGGAAGGCCAAGGCACGCCUGAGCCAGUCCAAGACACGCUCUCCAAAGAAAGCUCGGGAACCCUGCUUGUUGAACAAGUCCCGGCACCACAAAUCAGAAAGAUCCCCCGAGCCCCCCACAGCCCCGCCGGUGCCCCCUGAAGCUCGCCGACUGAUUGUGAACAAGAAUGCCGGGGAGACACUGCUGCAGAGAGCAGCCCGGCUUGGCUACAAGGAUGUGGUGAUGUACUGCCUGCAGAAGGAAAACAACGAUGUCAACCACAGGGACAACGCAGGCUACACAGCCCUGCACGAGGCCUGCGCUCGCGGCUGGGUGGACAUCCUGCAGCUCUUGCUGGAGCAUGGUGCAAACGUGAACUGCAGUGCACAGGAUGGCACCAGGCCUGUCCAUGACGCUGCAGCAAAUGACAACUUGGAGAUCAUGUGGCUCCUGCUGUCUUACGGUGCUGACCCAACCCUGGCUACAUAUUCGGGGCAGACUGCCCUGAAGCUGGCCAGCAGCGAAAACAUGAAAAAUUUCCUUAAUGAUUACCUCUUGGAUCUGCAGGGUCGAGCUGAAGGGGACCCCCAUACAGCCUGGGAUUUUUACAGCAGCACUAUAGUAGAGGGGAAAGAUAAAAUUGGCUGUGACCUUCUGCUCAACCCUCCCGGGAGCUCUGAUCAGGAGGAAGAUGAGCAGGACUCGGACCACCUCAUGUUUGAGUUCUCCGACAAGCCGCUGCUCCCCUGCUACAACCUGGAAGUGUCUGUCUCCCGGGGGCCCUGCAACUGGUUCUUCUUCUCGGACGUGCUGAAGCGGCUGAAGCUCUCGUCCCGCAUCUUUCAGGCCCGCUUCCCACACUUCGAGGUGACCACCCUGCCCAAGGUGGAGUUCCAGCGCCAGGUGUCGUUGAGCCAGGUGCUGGCCCCGGAAGAAAUCCAGGCGCACAUGGCGCCCCCCUUGGCUCUGGGCGCUGCAGAGACGGUGGAGCUGGUGCGCCACGAGCCAGAGCUGGCUCGGCUGCUGGGCUCAGAGGUGAUGUUGGAGGCCUGGAGCAGCUGACGGGGGGCUGGGCAUUCCCCUCUGUCAGCGUCGGACUGCACUGCGAGGCAAUAAUCUGGACCAAGGAGAGGUGGCCUUCUCGCGGGCAGGGCUUCUGUCUGCCUGGUCCUCCCUGACGAACUGCAACGGGUGCUCACCGCCUGCCCUCCUACCUUCCCACCCACCCCGGGGGUAGGAAGCUGCCGUCCCCUGUGCCCUGGACUCUGCACUCGUUCACCUGCUGCAGGGCCUCGGUGGUUCGGAAGCCUCUCCAUGGAACUGCAUCUCUUUCCCCACCCCCAAGCUCUACCAGAGUAUUUAUUUAAAUUAGUAUUUAAUUUGUGGUGUUCUUUUUCUUUUUUGUUCUUGCUAAGUCUGUAUCACUGUGAUUCGGGGGAGGGGGGGUGAGUGGAGAGACAGGGGACAACUUCCUGCAGCCACCAUCGCCUCUGGGAUUCCCCUGAGUGACUAAGCUGGGGGUUCCUUUCUCCUCUCCUCCACGAAAUAGCGAGAGGGAGGCUAUUGUUUCUUCUCUCUGUUUUAGAGACACCCAGCUAUAGUAGGAGCCAACCUUCAGCCUCCACAAUAAAAUAUUUGAGGAGCCAGGGCCCCCCAGAGUUGAGGAGCAUAACCAUUCAGAUGGUGUGCGGUCAUCAGGUCUUGUGAGCAGCUAAGCAAGGCGACACCUGUCCCCCCCCAGUACUUUAUUCAAGUUAGCACCCCUGGUUGGGUGCAUUUCUCUCCCUGCCCUUUUUAUCAUAUUAUUUUGUUUCUUAUGUCCAGCCAGCCACUUUUCGAAACAGAAUUAUUAUACAGCCAAAGGCACCUGUUGGUCUCAGCUAUUUUAUUUGCCCCCCACUCCCUCCUUAUAAUUUCAUCCUUGUUCAGUCAGUUCAGCUGGCAAGGCAGUGCGAUCUUCAAUGGGGUGGGGGCAGCACAGAGAGAGAGAGAGAGAGAUGAUCAUUUGGAGGGUAGGGGGUGGGGGGGUACAGUUUUAUUGUACAGGUGCUAACAAGGACUGGACAAUCUCUUAUUAUUUUGGCUCUUCCCCUGCUCUGGGGAGGCUGUUUUGGGUGGUGACAUUUUUGUUCUUUUGUGUUGUGUCCCCCCCCCUUCCCACUCGGGGAGCUGCAUUUCCUUGCACAGCCCCAAAAUCAGUUUUGCAAGCAGGCUGCCUCUACUGGCCCCCUUCCUUGGAAAAAGCAAACAGCGUUCCCUUCUCUCCGCCCCCAUCUCUCUUUUCCACCAAGGCUUUGGGCCUUUGGGGCGUGUGCUGCAGCUGCUGCUUUUUCUUCUUCUUCUUCUGAUUUGUUUUAAGCAACGCUUUGGUGUCAAAAACACUUAUGUACAGAAAAACCUGCAUCAGGG